ACUCUCCUCUCAUAUAUCUCUCCAAAAACAUCCAGCCACCCUCUCAGAUUUCUCUCCAAAAAACCCAGCCACCUUCGGUCCCCUCUCCCUCCAAUCUCCGGCUUCAAGGUCCAAGACACCACCGGCCAGCUCCAGCUUCCGCCGGCGCCGCCCAUCACCGGCAAAACCAGGAUUGUGUGGGAGCAAUUGAUGGAACUCAUGUCCGUGCAUCUGUUCCAAUUGAAAUCCAAGGAAGGUUUCGUGGUCGAAAGGGGGGGACAACACAAAAUGUGUUAGCUGCAGUUUCGUUUGACUUAAGAUUCACCUAUAUGUUAGCUGGUUGGGAAGGCAGUGCUCAUGAUUCUCGUAUUUUAAAUGAUGCACUUAGUAGACCAAGGGGACUUAAAAUUCCAGAAGCAAUGUCCAAGAACAAGGGGAAAGAAUCAGGAACUCAACUUAGGUGGACACAACCAAUGUGUGACAUGCUAUUUAAAAUGUUGGUUGUUGAGGCUGAACAAGGCAACAAGCCCUCAAACAAAUAUAAGCCUCAAUCCCUUGACAAAGUGGCAAAAGAAAUUGGUGUGAAGUUUAAUGUAGAGUGUCAUGCAUCACAUGUGCAUAACCGCCUUCGUACGGUUAGAAAAGAGUGGAAACUCGUUCAGGAUAUUCGAAAAAAAAGUGGAUUUGGUUGGGAUGAUAAUUUGAAAAUGAUCACAUGUGACAAGCAAACUUAUGAUGCUGAAGUGCUGGCUCAUCCCGCUCAUGCGCCUUAUUUAAAUAAAAAAAUUGAACAGUAUGAUGAGAUGGCUAUUGUUGUUGGUAAGGACAUGGCAACCGGUGGCUUUUCAAAGCAAUGGAGUGAACAUUCUCCAUUGGUUGAAAAUGAGACCCCACAAAAUGACAUCCAAAAUCCAGAAUUUGAAGGUGACACUGAUACGUUGCCAAAAGAUGCCCAUGAAGCUUCCAAUGGAACUUCAUCUAAGGGAAGGAGCCAUAGAAAGAGAACUUAUGCAGCUAUGAAUGAAGAUAGUCCUUUUAGUGAGAUGACUGAACAACUCAAACAGAUUGCAGUAGCUGUUACAGCUCUGAGUCAUGGCCCAGUUAAUACAAAUGAGCUUCAUAAAGUAGUGAUGAAUGUUGAAGGCUUUGAAGAAGACAUGCUUGAUGAAGCUUUUGAUCAUUUGGUUAAUGAUGAAAAGGCAGGAAGGGCCUUUAUGGCUAAAAAUGAUAGGAUGAGAAAGCUUUGGUUGGAGAAAUUUUUCAACAAAACCUUCUAACUUGAAGUUGCUGGAUACGUUGUGUGAAACAUGUUAGUGGUACCAUGGUAUUCUUUAGGUUAUUAAUAAUUAUGGAACACUGAUUGACAUGUUUUGGAGUUAUUAUGGAAUAAUGUUAUAUUUUGGAUUCAU